GCGGUCAUCGCCUCGAACGUUCCGGCGAUGUACGAGCUCCAUUUCAGUGUGCCCAUGACUGGCGGCGUCCUGUGCACGCUCAACACCCGCCACGACGCGGCCAUGGUGUCUGUCCUGCUGAAACACUCGGAAGCCAAGGUCUUCCUCGUCGAGUCGCAGUUCCUGGCCGUGGCACGCGACGCGCUCAGGCUCCUUGCCGACGCCAAAUCCAAGCUUCCUCUCGUCAUCACGAUCUCUGACGCCGCCGCCAGCACCGGUGGCAGCAGCAGCAACGACGGCACCGUCAUGGAGUACGAAGCGCUUCUGCGGAGCGCGACGCGCGGAUUCGACAUCCGGUGGCCGGACGACGAGCUCGAACCGAUAUCGCUGAACUACACGUCGGGGACCACGUCGAGGCCCAAGGGCGUCAUCUACAGCCACCGCGGCGCGUUCCUGAACUCGCUUGCCACGGUGCUGGGCAACGAGAUGGUGACCAUGCCCGUCUACCUCUGGACCGUGCCCAUGUUCCACUGCAACGGGUGGUGCAUGGUGUGGGCCACCGCGGCGCAGGGCGGCACGAGCGUCUGCAUCGGGAGCGUCAUCCCCAGGGUGAUCUUCGACCACAUCGUGCGCCACGGCGUCACCAACAUGGGCGGCGCGCCCACGGUGCUCAACAUGAUCGUGAACGCGCCGGCGGCGGAGCAGAAACCGCUGCCGAGGAGGGUCCGCAUCUCCACGGGAGGCGCGCCGCCGCCUCCGCAGGUGCUGGCCAAGAUGGACGAGCUCGGCUUCGACGUCGUGCACGGGUACGGCCUCACCGAGACGUACGGUCCGGCGACGGUGUGCGUGUGGAAGCCCGAGUGGAACGCGCUGCCGCCCUUGGAGCGCGCCCGGAUCAAGGCGCUGCAGGGCGUCGCCCACACCAUGCUCCAGGAGGUCGCCAUCAAGGACCCGGCGACCAUGGAGACCUUGCCCUCCGACGGGUGCGCCGUCGGCGAGGUCAUGCUCCGCGGCAACACGGUCAUGAGCGGGUACUACAAGGACGCGGCCGCCACGGAGGAGGCCGUGCGCGGCGGGUGGCUGCGCACGGGCGACCUCGGCGUGCGCCACCGGGACGGGUACAUCCAGAUCAAGGACCGGUCCAAGGACAUCAUCAUCUCGGGCGGCGAGAACAUCAGCUCCAUCGAGGUGGAGUCGGUGCUGUUCGGGCACCCCGCGGUGCUCGACGCCGCGGUGGUCGCGAGGCCCGACGACCACUGGGGCGAGACGCCGUGCGCGUUCGUCACGCUCAAGAACGGAGCGACGGCUACAGCGGAUGACAUCAUCGGCUUCUGCCGGGCACGGCUGCCGCACUACAUGGCGCCCAGGACGGUGGUGUUCAGCGACCUCCCUAAGACUUCCACCGGCAAGACGCAGAAGUAUCUGCUCCGGGAGAAGGCGACGGCCAUGGGAAGCCUGCGCAAGCCAGAUCGAAGCAGGCUCUAGUGGAUCUGUUGCUGGGAACAUGCCCAUUAUAUUCGUGGAAGUCUGCUGGUAGUAUAUCUUGGUCAACUCUGCUUAGCCAUCAUCGAUCAGGGCAGCCGGGGAUUCGGUCAUGCACUCAUGCAUGCUUUGACAACCACCAUGUUGCACAUGAACUUGUAUGGUGAAAUGAUAUUCCAGGACUUGGCUAUU